UGUACUCGUUCGUCGCUGUCGCUGUCGCCAUCGCCAUCACAGUCGAAAAAGAAGAACGAACGGCAAAUAAGCAAGAAGAACAAAACGCACGACGACAUAGAUUCUAGUGAAAAAGUAAAAUAAAAUACCAACUAAUUUUUCAUUGCAAAAAAGCAAAUAUUUUAAAAAAAGCUUUGUUUUCCACAAUCCACAUCGAAGUCAUAACGAAAUUAUGUGAAAAAGAAACCAGUGAUUUAGUUGCAAAAUAAAAUAUAUAAUGAAUUGUAUAAUUGUUUGGCACUUUAGCCAGAGAGUUUUUCUAGAGUAUUAUAUGUAAAAAUUUUGUUGAAAAAGAAGCCCCUUUCGUCCUGACCACCCCCAUACAGUUUAUUGCUUUAGUCUUCUCCCCAGAAUAUAAUCAAAAAAUAGAAAACGUCGUGUUCAUCGUCGUUGUCGUUCUCGUCGUCGUAUAGUCGUAAUCAUAGUCGUGGUCAUCCUUUUUUCGCUUUUGUCUGUUUGCCUCUUGUGUGUCUCGUUGUCUCCUCUGACGAACCAAACCAAACCAUCCAACUGACAUCGGCUUCCGGAUAAAUCGAUUGAAAAAUUACUUUCGCUGCUCUGCUCUUAGUCUACAAGGAGGAAAACUCAAAACUCGUAGGGUGUUGGUGUGGAAAAUCGGUUUUUCUUUCUACUUCCUUUGUUGUAAUUGAGAGUUGUCUAUACUCUAUAGUGGCAGAAGCAAAACCAAAGGAAGAGACAGUGCCAGCAGGAGCAACAGCAGAAGCAGCAGCAAUAGUAUUGGUCAAAACACAAAACAAAAUAUGUCAUCGUCAUUAUCACUACGCCGCCGUUACGGCAUUUCAAUAGUUUUUAGUGUUCUAUUAGCUUUAAUAAGCAUAUCGGCCAAGUGCAAUGCCACGGCCACAGAUAUCGCGCUCGACGCCAAGGCAACUCUCACCCACAGAAUCGACAGUUUGAAUCUGUUGGUCUAUACGUUCCUGCUGACCCUCACAGUCUUAACAAUAUGGCUGUUCAAACAUCACAGAGUGUCGUGGCUGCACGAAACAGGAUUGGCUGUUAUCUAUGGCCUUAUUGUUGGAGCUGUUAUACGCUAUGCUGGCUCAUCAACUCCACUUAUUCAUCUUGCUGUUGAACCAGAGGGAAAUCCAAAAUUCAACCAAUCCCUACCCCCGGACACAUUAUGGUUGCAGUUCCCAGGAAAAUUGUCACCAAAUACCACCGACAAAGACCCCAUUCAAAAUAAAACAUAUGCCUAUGUUUUCCGAAGUCAAGUCUACCAAGUGGCAGAAAACGAAAUCGAUCUUAAAGCAACAUUUGAUCCUGAAAUAUUCUUUAACAUUAUUUUGCCACCAAUAAUCUUUCAUGCUGGUUACAGUCUCAAAAAGAAAUAUUUCUUCCGAAAUUUAGGAGCAAUUUUAACAUAUGCCAUAUUGGGCACAGCAUUAUCAGCGUUCCUAAUCGGCGCCAUUAUGUACGGCUGUGUGAAGCUGAUGCCGGAAUAUCUGAGCAGCAGUUUUACAUUCCUGGACACGCUGUAUUUUGGAGCGCUGAUAUCACCAACUGAUCCACUAACAAUUUUAGCAAUUUUCCAUGAUUUGCAUGUGGAUGUGAAUUUAUAUGCUUUGGUAUUUGGAGAAUCUGUAUUAAAUGAUGCUGUAGCUAUUGUUUUGAGUGGGGCAAUUCAAAACUACGGCGAACAUUAUUCGAAGACUGGAGAAUUUGAAACAAAUGCCUUCUUUAUGGCCUUGAGUGACUUCUUUUGUAUAUUUAUGCUAUCAUUGUUGAUUGGAGCUACAAUGGGAUGUUUUACGGCAUUGUUGACUAAGUUCACCAGAGUCCGCGACUUUCCCCUCCUAGAAGCAGCCCUAUUUGUGCUUAUGUCAUACAGUACGUUCCUUAUUGCUGAGGCUUCAGAAUUAACUGGAGUUGUUGCAGUAUUGUUUUGUGGAAUUUGUCAAGCUCAUUACACGUACAAUAAUCUAUCGGAAGAUUCUCGUGUGCGAACGAAAGAAAUAUUCGAAUUGCUUAACUUUUUAGCAGAGAAUUUCAUCUUUUCGUACAUUGGAGUUUCGAUGUUCACGUUUCCAAAACAUCAUUUUGAUCCAGUGUUUAUAAUAACUGGAUUUGUAUGUGCUGCUAUUGGACGUGCAGUUAAUAUUUAUCCUUUGUCAUGGUUGUUAAAUUUAAAUCGAAGACCUAAAAUUUCAUCAAAUUUCCAACAUAUGUUAUUCUUUGCUGGUCUUCGUGGAGCAAUGUCAUUUGCAUUGGCAAUUAGAAAUACAGUUUCAGAAGCCCGUCAAACAAUGUUAACAGCAACAUCACUUAUUGUUAUAUUUACAGUGAUAAUUCAAGGUGGAGCAUCGAAUUUCCUACUCAAUUGGCUGAAAAUACCAAUCGGAGUUGAUGAAGAGACUGAACAAUUGAACAACUAUCAAGUUCGCAGUGUUUACAACUCAAUGGAAAAUACGGCAGCAGCGUCAAUCGAUACAGGACUUAAUUUGGGACAAUUGCCAAUGUCCAGAAGACAAAGUUCUCUGUCUGAUGGUUAUUUGCAGGAUGUUGAUGCCGACCUAGAGGGCGGUGCUACGACGCCUGGUGGUACAAGAAAAACAAAUGAGAAGGCUAUAUUGGCACGCAUAUGGGGCAAUUUUGAUACAAAAUAUAUGAAGCCCCUUUUAACGCACUCGCGUCCAACACUGCUCGAGACCCUACCAGUUUGCUGUAAUCCAGUGGCCCGUCUUCUAACAACCACAGAACAACUCACACAGGAUGGCGGUACAAGAAGAUCUGACUCAGAUUCCGACAUUUGUAUAGACGAUGAUGAUUUCACUCGAAACGGAUCGAGUAAUGGUGGCGGACCAGGCGGUGCCAAUGGUCCGCGCAGAAAUUCGAUCAAUCGUACGAGUGCUGUUUUGAAUGAAACUAACCAAAUUAUCGCUGAUCUCAGUGUUGUUACAGAUAAUUUUAUGUGAAGAAUAUAAUUAUUGAUUAUUCUAUAAAUUAGCAAAACAAAACACAAUAACUCACCAUAUAAACACACUUUUUUCUAUAAUUAAUUAAAUAUAUAUUAACACCUUAUACAUACAUAUAUACAAAAAUACUAAACCACAUAUACCUAUAGACAUAUUAUUAACACUGUUUUUUGUAUUAAAAAUUAAUUACAAAUUAGAUUUUAUUUUUGUUUAAUUUUAGAUUAUUUUGUUGUAUACAUUUUGUUAAAUAAAUUGCGUUUAUUCCAAAGUAUUGCUUACAUUAUGUAGUUUUGCAAAUCCACUACUUUUAACUAUAGGCUGUAUAUAAAUACUAAAAUAUUAUAUUAGCUAAAAUUAUUAUGUUUAGUCUAAUAUUAUUGUUGUUUAAUUAUUAUUUGUAUUAUUUUAGUUUGUAAAUGAUAAUGUGUUUGUUGUAUGAGUAAAGAUUGUGUUUUAUUUAAAAUUUGAAUGUAUCCUUUUUUAUAUCUGGAGUAUUUAUUCCAAAAGUCGAAAAAUCCUUUUGAAAUGGCGAUGGGGCGGCGCGUUUAUAAUAUAUUGUUUGUUGGAAUAAAUAUUAUAUUCUGAAAUUUAAAUUAUAACAUUAAUAUGUAGUAUUAGAUUUAGUUGGUCAUUGAAUAAAUAAGUUUGAGUUAACCUUUAAUAAUUAUAAUACCUGAGGUUAUUAAAAAAUUAUCUAACACGACGAAAACCAUCUUUUCGGUAUCACAAAAUUAGGAGAGAAAAAGAUAUUGGGAGUAUGAGAAAUCCAAAAUAUAGUUUGGGUAAACUUCAACAGUUGUCUUUUCUUGGCGAUAACAAAUCUUUAUUUCUAAAAAUGUUUACCAAUAGUUUAAAUUAUGGGUAUUUUUAUAGGUUAAACGAAUAAUUCUGUCAAAACCUCGAUUCUCGCCUUUUAGCAAAAUAAAUAUAUUUUUGUGUAUUGCCCUUGGAGAGGUUCAGUCAACAUAAAGGACUUCAUUUGCAGUCAAUUGCAUUCUUUGAACGUAAAUCUUGACCAAGGCAAUCAGUUAGUUCUUUAAGUGUCAUAAAUCAAACUUGAAACCUUACUUCACAAACUUCUACCUUCCGUCGAUCGUGAAAAAACUACCAAAACACUCCUUAAGCAAGGGACAAGUCCAUCACGACUUGCAAAAGACUUUCAGCUGUAUCUUAAAAGACAUUUUAAAGCAGUCGCAACUUUAAAAUACCUCUUAGUAGCAUUUAAGUGAGAAAUCGGUAUCUAUAAACAAUUUUCAAAUUUAAGUAACUUUACUUAAUGGCCUCUUACCUUUAACUUCAUCCAUGGCGGUGUUUAAAGGUUACUUGAAGACAUUUCAAAAUCUAUUUUGACAUAUCAAUUGUCAUAUUUUUAAUGUUCAAAUUUAAAAUUUUUAAAUUAUUUUCUUUCUGCCGUUUUUCAAAUAUAAAAUGAAAAUGCACUUUAAUUUAAUUUCAUUUAGUAAUGCCUGGGCCUGAUAAUGAGGUUCGCGGCGGAUCGUUUUCAAUUCGACUCGCGUCGUAUAUGAUUAUCAAAGAAUUCGAUAAUAAACCUUGUGCAUUUUUGAAGCUUCACCUUUAGAGUUGGUCACAUCUAUGCUGAUAAACUCUAAACUCAUGUACAUGACUUUAACUAAUCCAUUUAUUUGUUUUUAUUAUUUUAUCAAAAUCUUAAAACUACAUAAUGUUUGUACAUGUGUAUGUACAUAUAUUAAAACUAGAUACAAAUUCUUAAAAAACUAGCGUAAAUAACCUUAAAAAAAAUAUCUUACUGGCCCUAUGCGGGCGCUCUAAGUUAAUCCAUUAUCUUAUAAGGCCUUACCCUUACCUAAUCCAUUCUCUGUGCGAUAUGCCAAAGAGUCGCAAACGCAUUUAUCCCAAGGAUAACACUAUUUGUAAAAAUGCCGGUCCAAAAGUAAAAUAAUUAAAAAAAAAAUAAUUUGCAUACCAUCGUCUCCUGAAUAAACUAGAUGUCCUAAGAGAAUAGUUUAUGUGUACUUAGGUUCUAAUUUGAGUCUCCUAAAACUUGGCGUUUACCUUUUUUCAUUUUUCCAGCUUUUAACAAAAAAGUGUUCCCUUGUAUCGAGUUUUGUUAUUUGUUUUGAAAUUUGAGCUGUUUACAGAAUUCAAUCUGUCAGAAAACUGCUAUCAUGUAUAAUAUGCAGUAGACAUGUCUGUUUGUAAGGUUUUUUUAAAGUAUAGUAAACAAAAUCUUGCGUUAGUAUCACAUAGCCCGCAGCAUCGGUUUUUAAUCGCCCAUGGUGGCCACUUUAAUAGUUAUUUAGCAAAGUUUCAUGCGCAUUAUAAGAAACGUCAAAUGAUACGCAGUGAUGCAGGGAGCACCUUAUAAUAUGCUACCAAUUAGUGUUUAAAAAAAAGAAAUAUUGAAUAUCUAAUUAUAAGUGUAACCAGCGGAUAUACUCGAAUGAGCUGUAAAUAAGAUAUGUUAACGCUGUAAAAAGUAGCUUAAAACAUCCUAACUACCUCUACACAAAAAAUCAUGUCAUAAUAUUGCUCUGUUGCGACGUGAAAGACGGUCAAACAAACAAACAAACAAGCAAACUGACUUUUCCAUUCAAAAUAGUAUUAUAGAUAUGGUUUCCAUGGACAUUUAAUAAGGCAUAUAUUUAGAUAAAUCAGUCCUGAAUUGAUAAUUAAGAGGUUUCAUAAAUCUUCAAGUAAUUUGUUUCCAUUUUGCGGGUACAACAUAUUGCAAAAGACCAAAGGAAAAAUGUGUGCCUUUUGUUUAAAAGUAGUUUUGAGUAACUUACUUUCAAGUCAGAAAUAACUUUUAAAUGUUGUUUUUUUUUC